UAUGAUGCUCGCCGCCGACGUCCACCUCGGCACCAAGAACUGCGACUUCCAGAUGGAGCGCUACGCCUACAAGCGCCAAUCCGACGGCAUCUACAUCAUCAAUCUGGGCAAGACGUGGGAGAAGCUCCAGCUCGCAGCGAGGGUCAUCAUGGCCAUCGAGAACCCCCAGGACAUCAUCGUCCAGUCCGCCCGCCCCUACGGCCAGCGCGUCGUCCUCAAGUUCGCGUAGCACACCGGCGCCAACGCCAUCGCCGGGAGGCACACCCCUGGUACCUUCACCAACCAGAUGCAGACCUCCUUCAGCGAGCCACGCCUGCUCAUCCUCACUGACCCAAGGACCGAC